UUAGCAAACAGGAAAGAGAAGCGCACUAUAAGAAGAGAACGAAACCCGAGGAGCGUCAAAACACUUAGACCACAGCCGAGAGAGGAGGAGAGGAGAGAGGGAGACAGAGGGAAGGAAAGAUACGUGGAAAACGGCAAUGCGUUCAAAGACUUAAAUCGCGGUGAUUUAUUUCCUGCAAGGACUGCAAAGGCUUGUACUUGUCAUAAUCCAGCGGCAGCACACUGGGAGGAAAGAUAAAAGUGAGGUCCGACGACGCACUCCUCUUGCGCCCGGUGCGCCUCGGUGUCCCCGCGCACAGAAAUCCUGGAUGAGCGCAAAGAGUCCGCUUCAGCACCUGAGGAGAGGACAGCUCCGCUCUGUGCGCUCCUCCGGACCUCCCGUCCGAAAACUCCGAUACAGCUUUUAAUGUCAACACUUCCAGUCUGACUCUCUGCUUCACAAGUCUGGAAGAAGUCUAAAGAUCCGCUGACGGAGAGAUCCGCGACUGACUGUGUGCUCAAUAUGUACCAGGGCCAUUUACAGGGGAAAGACUCUAGGGCUGCAGAUAAGACUGUUGCCAUGGUCCUGAAGGAGAUACCAAGUAAGGCGUCAUCAGAAGGGAAGCCCCUCCUCACAGUGACUACCAAGCUGGUGAGUGAGCAACAAGAGAGCCGCCCGCUUUUAAGUCCCUCCAUCGACGAUUUCCUCUGCGAGACCAAGUGUGAUGGGGUUUCCCGCCCAGUGACUUCCAACACAGCUGUUCUCUCUUCAACACUGGACCUGCUGGAUCUCAGUGAACCUGGUGAGAGGAGAAGCAGUAAGGACAAAAGGAGCCCCCUGUCGUCCCGGGGCAACAGCCAGAAGAACAACCCUCACAGGAAGAAGACGGAUGAGACGGAGCUGAUCCAGGUGGAAGUUGAACAGACAGGACAAAGCAUGAGGACCCCAGAGAGAGCGUCACUAGACUCAGUUGGUUUAACAUUGGAUAAAUGGGAAGAGCUGAACCCCAACCCUGAGAGGAAUGGCAACAGAAAAUGGAAGUUGGAGAGACGGCGUUCAUCUAAAAAUUCAUCCAAUGAAUUUCUUUGGUCCACAGACUGUAAAACUCAAUUGGAGCCAUUGAACAAGAACUUGGAAGCAAAUACCAAAGUGGAGACCGAGUGUACUUUAGCAUCUCAACUCAACAGGCAGUAUAUUAGUGGAAGACAUGACUCCAUUUCCCAUGAUGCCAUUCCACAAACCCAAAAGAACAGAUGUGAACUUGGUGCUGUAAAUGAAAAGGCUCGCCUAAGCAAGGAGCAGCGGUGGGGCAGCGCUCUCCUGUCCAGACAUCAGUCCCUGGAAGAAGAGUUUGAGCGAGCCAAGGCUGCUGUUGAGUCAGACACUGAGUUCUGGGAUAAGAUGCAGGCAGAGUGGGAAGAGCUCGCUCGGCGGAACUGGCUGACAGAAAACGAGCAGGCGCAGAUUCCCUCCUCUGUCUCUCCACAUGAGAAGGGUUACUACUUCCACACAGAUAAUCCUUAUAAAGAUUUGCCUAACGCAUUUGAAGAGGGACUAAAGAAGUCUCGAGAGGGAGACUUGCAAAACGCCGUACUUUUGCUGGAAGGAGCCGUCUUGCAAGACCCUCAAGAUUCAGAGGCUUGGCAAGUGUUGGGGACCACACAGGCUGAAAAUGAGAACGAGCAGGCAGCGAUCGUCUCCCUCCAGAGGUGUUUGGAGCUCCACCCAAACAACCUUCCAGCCCUCAUGGCUCUGGCUGUGAGCCUGACCAACACCGGUAUGCGAAAUGAUGCCUGCGAGGCCCUGCUCUUCUGGCUGCGACACAAUCCAAAGUACAAGCACCUGCUGAAGGGCAAGACCCACCUGAUGGGAUCCCCAAACUCCCAACGCAGGAUGUCUACUGCUCCCAAUGUGGGCAGACACGAAAGCUCCCUGCCCGAGGUCAAGGAGCUCUUUCUGGAAGCAGUUCAGCACAACUCUGACAGCGUCGACCCGGAUUUGCAGACGGGCCUUGGGGUGCUCUACAACCUCAGCGGAGAGUUCAACAAAGCUGUAGAGGCCUUCAAUACGGCCCUGUCGGUGCGGCCCGAGGACUACUUGUUAUGGAACCGCCUGGGGGCCACACUGGCGAACGGGGACCGGAGUAAGGAAGCUGUGGAGGCUUACACGCGAGCCCUUGAGCUGCAACCAGGUUUUAUCAGGUCCCGCUACAACCUGGGCAUCAGCUGUAUUAACCUGGGGGCACACAGAGAGGCGGCCAGUAACUUUCUGACUGCGUUAAGCCUCCAGAGGAAAAGCCGGAGUCGGCAGCAGUCCCACCAGGUCAUGUCUGGAAACAUCUGGGCUGCUCUGAGGAUAGCUUUAUCCAUGAUGGACCAGCCCGAACUCUUCCAGGCUGCAAAUAUUGGUGACCUGGAUCUCCUCAUGCGGGCCUUUAACCUAGACAUUUGAGGAAUGGGAGGUAGUGACAAUAGCAUUUCCCCCUUCACUUACAGUACUCUUCGAUUUCUACCCAACAGCCAAAAGACCAAAGUGCACACUUCAGAGUGGAUUGGAUCUGAUGUUAGAGACAAUAGUGUAGUUUUUAUGCACGUCAAAAUUAACUGCAGUCGUCAAAGUUGUCAUAUUUUUCGCUCAAGUACCUUGGAGCAGUUCUGAGGACAGGUUCUUCCAAGUGCUUGAAGUGACUGCUUUGUGAUGGAUUUGCACUGCAAUUUGUGAUUUCCCUAAAGAGCACAAGGACGGGCAAAGAUUGUACGGGCAAUGCCUUAGAGAACACAUCAAUUAAAAACUGACUCAUCCAGUGGAACAGAGCUGGAGCCAGGAGAGACAGGCAGCUUGAGAAUCUCACACAGGAACCCUCACAUGCUGUUUGUGGAGAAAAGUUGAGGUUUUGAGAAAAAAAAGAAAAAUGGUUUUGUUAUCCAAUUACUUUCAAAGACUGUCUCACCCUCCUAAAGGCUGGAUUCAGUGAACACAUGAUAAAGACUGCACCAUAUGACCUGGAGCUCCAAAUUCUGUUCCUGGCUUGUUUUCAUCCUCUUUCAAUGGAGAAUAAUGAUACUGCAUGAAUAAGCAUUUUCAUAAAUGGAUUCUUGUUUAAAAUUAACAUACUACACACACAAGUUUUCCCUUUGCACUUCAGACAAACAGAUAACUUUCUUAACCCAAGUGGAAUGUGCAAGCCAGGUUGUAAAGCCUUACUCAAAUGCAUGCGAAAAACUAUAUUUAUUUAUACUAUUUUUAUGGCAACCAAAAAACACUAAGCCAUUUUCAGACUGGUUUUAAUUUCUUUAAAUACCUGCCAUCUUCUAAACUUGAAAGCUUUCUGAGCCAUUCAUUUUUGUUUUGUUUUGUUGUUUGUUGUUUAUUAUUUUGGUUUUGGCUCCUAGCUUCUAGUUCCCUUUAUGAUGACUGGGUGGAGAAAUACACACAAAAGCUGGGCAACAUUGAUCUUUAAAACCUUCGUUAUUGUGAAAACUUUUAAACUUUCUCACAUGAACAAAAGUUGUUACAGGUCUAAAAAUAUCUCUUUUAUCUUCUAGGGUGGCUUUAAUAGCCCUCACAUUUGAUGUACGCAUCAGAAUCUUAUUUUCCCGACUGUAUUCAUUUCAAUACAGUGUAAUAAUAUUACAGGUAUUGGAUGUGUAGCUGCAAGCCAAGACCUAAGAAAGAUUGGGGCAUUUCCUAAUGCAGUCAUUUGUGUCUUUGCUAUGCCUCCACAGGCAGUGACACAUUUAAUUAAAUCAGUCUGCCUCAGCCAUCAUGCAUGAUAUAAAUAUUUAUGUAAGCUUGGGCAGAUAUUGAAAAGAUAUUUGUUUUGCCAUCUGCAAACUUCAGUUCACAUGAGAACAUUAUGUUAUCGUGCAUCCACAAAACACACGAUUGUAUUGAGCCAGUUAUUCCAGAUAAUUCCUCUGCAUCACCACAGAAGCAAAGCUUUUAUACAUGCUUUUUUU